AAUUUAAAAAGGCUGUUUCAAUAAGAUAAAUAGAAAGUUCUCCCUCAGGGCAUGAAAAACAGUCCGACUUGAUGUCAAAAAUUUGUGGAUAUGGUUUUGUCAUCCUUUAGGGAUGAGUACCCUUCCAUUUACUGUGUUCAUUACAGUAAAGGGAAUGUCAACAAUUAAUAGACAUUGGGAUCCUGACCAACUGGACUCUAAACCUCAAGCUAUGUGGAAAAAUCUCAUUUCUGGAACAUGGAAAGGCCCUAAUGUGUUAUUAACAAAUGGGAGAGGCUAUGCUUAUAUCUUUCCACAGAAUUCAAAUGGCCCAAUUUGGAUUCCUGACAGACUGAUCCGACACCAUGUUUCAAAAGCCUUCACCGACACAUCGCCCCAAGAUGCAUAGGUGCAGCCCUCUGGGACCCUAUCCACCUCCUCCAAGAUGCCAUUGCUCCAGAUCCCCUGCUGGAAGAUCAUCAUCUUCCCUGCACCACCUUCGGGUUUGGAUGCAUGAAUUCUCCUCCUAUGUGUUUUACAUCUAAUCUUGACUAUAUAAAGUCUCAACUACCUGGCUGCCUACCUAUUAAUGGCAAGUAUUUUUAAACAGGAUCUCCAAAAGCCUUCCUCCUCCGGACCUAACCGUAAUUUAUGGGUACUGCUUUUAUCUCUCCUUGGUCCUCGCAGCACUAAUGAAAACAUAGCUCGAGUUUCAGUGUCCUCCACUCUCCCAGCCUGUUCAAUUUACAACUCAGAUGACUCCCGGAAUACUAUUGACAGAGAUCAUGGAUUUCCCACUUGGCAUACUUGUACGUUUCCCUCUGCAGGACUUCGCUACCAGCCUUACCAGACUAAUCUUUCUGUUUAUGAUUUUUCAGUGCUUGGAGCAGGUACAUCCGCCACUAAUGUCCCCGAGGACUAUAGGUUUCUCCUGCAGGACGCUCUCAUCUACAACCGGUCAAAUCACUUCAUUCCACCUCUGGAACCUGUCACCCGGUGGUAUUCAGCUGGAUGGAUUACUCCCGCCUACAUUGUCAACACUUCAAAUGGUUCCCGUGCAUACCCGGACUUGUUUCACCUCCUUGCCGCCACUUCACCUGUGCGUUUUCGCCGACCUGAACAUUCUGUUAAUGCUUCCACCGUAGGGACUUGUGUGGGCCCCCCUUAUACGCUCCUUGUUGAGGGCCCCAGACUAUUAACCAUUACUUAUCAUCACCAUGUUUUUCAUGUUAAUUGUACUGACUGCAUUCUCACCAACUGUAUUACCUCUGUUGGCUCAUUGUCUAAAGCUACUUUUGUUAUCUUACAUCAACCUCCUUAUGUCAUGCUCCCUGUAAGCUUACAACAGCCAUGGUAUGAUAACAUUGGACUGUAUACUCUUCAGCUUGUGGACAGGGACUGCGUCGCUCCAAAAGGUUUGUAGCGGCACUUAUACUGGGUAUUACGGCACUUAUUGCUAUUAUUAGUUCUGUUGCUGUUUCUACUACUACUCUCGUGCAACAAGUUCACACUGCCUCCCAUGUUAAUGAUUUGUCUCAUAACAUCACACACGCUUUGAUUAUCCAAGACCACAUUGAUAAUAAGUUUGAAGCUCGUUUAAAUGUUCUUGAGGAAUCACUUUUACAUAUUGGCAAUCAACUUCAACACAUAAAAACACAUUUGACUACCAAAUGUCAUUCUGAUUACAAAUGAAUUUGUGUCAAUUCACAUGUUUAUAACUCUUCUUCUGUUUCUUAAAAUAAUGUCAAAAAUCAUUUACUGGGUGUUUAAAAUAAUACAAACGUUUCCCUGGACCUUACUGCUCUGCAGAAAAAUAUUAAGGCAAUUAGUUUAGCUCAUGCCCCCUCCUCCACACCUGCAGAAGUUGCUGCUUCCUUCCUGGCUUCCUUGCAACAUUAUACCACUAAGGCCGCCUGGUUCCCAUCAUUUAUUACUUUAGGUGUUGUUUUGCUUGUCACCAUAAUUAUAUUGAUACUCUUCCCAUUGUUUAUUAAAUUGCUUUUCCGUGCUAUCAAUCAGACACGUGUUGAGUUGCAAACUAUGCAAAUGAUGGCCAAAAACAAAAAGGGGGAGGUGCUGCAGGAGGCCUUGAUGCCCCAGCCAGAUAAGACACUGACAAGCAGCAAAGCCCAAAGGGCCUCACACCGUGGGGCCGAAGCCAAAGGGCCUCACAUCGUGGGGCUGAAGAUUCCUUGUGCCUCACACCGUGAGGUUAAAAAUGUAACAUUCCUUCACUUUUUGUUCUUGGUCAUAAAUAAAAAAAAAAUUUCCCAAAAAAGUACAUUAGGCACUAUAUUAUAUGCAUCAGUAUAUUGCAAAUAAUCGACAUGAAAAAUUAAAAACUAAUUAUUAAACAAUUUGGCCUACUUGACAAUGAAAGACAACUUAUUGAAUAUGCCUGACAAGCAUUACAAUACAAUAAUCAUAGCAGGUCCUUCUAUUUUGUUUUCUCUUGAAGUUUCUUGGGAAAGUUUUUAAUAUGAAGCUAUUUGAGUUAAGAAAUUUCUAAGUAGAAAAAGUUCUGAUAGCUAAACUGCAGCUGGUCUCCGGCUGAAGGUCAUGUGAAUAGAAUAGUCCUUUGAUGCUUAGGCUUUAGCUGAUAGGGAUGCACUGGCGGUUAUUCACUGUUUUAAAUAAUUGUCUAAAUAAAAAAAUAAGUAGCUUUAAUGUUAGGUUUGGUUUAUUAUCUGUUAACCUUGAAAGCUGCCGUCUAGCUAAGACCUGUAGGGGCCAGUAGUCUAUGGGAAACAUAAUAUACUAAUUGUUUAUGCUUUACACAUGAUAAUGUAUUUUCUUAUUAUUAUUACUAAUAAUAAAUAAAUAAAGACCUGCUGAGUCUCUCGGCAGAAGAUA